AUGAGAGCCAGGAGUGAGAUGCCGCUGGCCAUCGUCGCCCCGGGUCUCAACUCCAAGAGGAAGAAGAAGAGGAGGAAGAAGAAGAAGGCCGUGUGUGGCUACAUUCGCGUGGAUCUCUCGUGCUGCCGCUAUCAAAUCCUUCGCAUCGUGCUGCGAAAGCUGGGCUGGGAGGUGACCACCGAUGAUAGCAAGCCAUGGCAUCUCAUCUGGACAGGUGAUCUAGAGCUAGCUCCAUCUUUUUCUUUGCGAAACUCAUCUCACGCUCGUUUUCUUCUUUCUUGGAAGAACAGAUUGUUCGAUCGGUCCCGACAAGCUCAUGAUGCUCAAGCGCGGCCAGAAGAUCAACCAUUUCGUGGGAAUGCUGGAGAUUUGCCGCAAGAAGGCGCUGGCUCGCAACCUCUCCAUGAUGCGCAAGGCCGAGGCGUUGUUCUCGUCCAAACUUCCGAGGAGGUGAAGAACGCCAUGAAAGGUCUGCAUGGAGCAAACUUCGUGGCACAGAAGUACCUCACCAAGCCGAUGCUGCUCAAUGGCUACAAGUUUGAUUUGCGGAUUUACGUGUUGAUACUGUCGUGCAAUCCACUGCGACUUUACUUGUACAGAGAAGGCUUGGCUCGAUUUUGCACGGAGAAGUACAUGAAGCCCGACCACAAGAACAUCAAAGUGAGCCGGAUGCACCUCACGAACUACUCGCUCAACAAGUACAGCUCCAAGUUUGAGUUUAACAGCAGUACCACCGAAGUGAACAAAGGUAGCAAGUGGACACUCACUGCGUUGUUCAAGGCUUUGGCAGCGGAGGGCUUUGACACCAAUCAGCUCUACGCACAGAUCAAAAGGAUGCUACAAGACGUGCCUCAACGAGGACGACAAUGGACGCUCGUGUUUUGA